UCCAUAAAAAAAAAAUGGCGGGAAGAUGCCAUACACCAACUCAAAACAGUUUGUGCUUGCAGUGAAGCACCCAAAAAAAAGCCUUGGGGGCAAGACUGCGAAUCGCAUUUCCUGACCAUACACUUUCGUCUGCAACGACAACACAUUCUUCACCUCUCUUCAUCUAAGCAACAGCAAAUCCUAGGCUGCCUCAUCCCAGUGCGCCAUCUCUUUUCAGGAACGCGACGCGGGACGAUCAGGACCUGGCACAGAAAUCGAUACAAGGACACCACACGACUUACUCGUAAUCGAUUCAGCAUCAGAGUGGUUCGUGGCGCAAGGACGAGCAGAGCAGACAAGAAAUCCGCAUUAUAGCAGCAGGAGCAUCUUCCAAUAUUCUAUACACAUAAGCGCAAUGUCGCUGGAUGGAAGGACGUCCUCUAGUGGGGUGAUCGAUCAGGAGCAACUGGACCAAAGAUUAUCAAGGCUCAUCAUGGAUCACAACAACUACCGAUCACUUCUUUCCCGAUAUAUCCGUCGCGCGCUCUCGCUCUGCACAUGGUUUAUCGAUCAGGAUUAUCCAUCGUUCUAUCAGCGGUUUGAAAGGACUGACAAACUGGUCAAUUUGGUAGCCUAUAUCCGAGAUCACGCCCUACAAUCCUAUCAGGCAGUAGAUCGUGCAGGAACUGCUCUUCUGAGCCAUGUUGACAUCUUGCUCGCCCGAGCCACUAUGCCUCCCACUGCCGGAUCACCUCUAGCCGGCGGCAUGUCGCCCAGCACCCGAACCCCGUUCAACAACAGUCGGCUUUUAUACUUAGCAGGAGAAGUCAAGGAGGCGAUUCGUUUUUGGCGUGAGCAGUACUACUGUGCGCAAUCGAUGACGCCAAAGAUCUUUGAGAUGGAGCGGAUCGCAGAACUACGAUACCUUGCUCUAACGGGCGACGGAUCGACUAUCGAAGAAAAGGCACGUGGCGUCAGGAUUUCAUGCGAGCAGGCGCGUCUUGUAACGGAAGAGCUGGAGCCGUUCCUGGAUCAAUGGUACGCAAAGCUGUCAAUAGUGGAGCGACCGAAAGAGGACCACAUGCAGGGACAUUUGGCCGGAUACGGACUUAAUCAUGCAGGUGUUAUGAGCGCAGGUGCACCGCUGGGUGCCUCAGGAAUACCGCUCGACCAUCGAUCGCAUUCCACCCAUGGUCUCGAUUCACCAGCCAUCAGCUACUCAAGCCAGCCCUGGGGACAGGGUGCGUCCUAAAGCGUCAAGAGCCUAGGCAUUUUUCAUGUACCAUAGUCAGCCCAACAAAGCGGAGCUUUGCGGACAUUAUUGUUCUUUCAUUAAAGAAAAUGCAAUCAUCGCGUAUACCACGAUACAUCCAGC